AUGGACAAGAAACGUCUUCUUCCACUCACCCAGGGAUCUCAUAGCUCUCCCAAGAAGAUCCAGACCCACGAGAACAAUGCUGACGGCAACCAAAAUGAUCAAACUCGUCCCUCAGAGAGAAGAGUCCGCUUUCAAGUUCCUGCCAAGCAGAGCCACACGAAUACCCAGUCAAACCGUACCUCAUUGAAGAGAGCAUCUCCAUACACCGAGGAGUUCUUCGCUAACAUGGCGGACACCAUCGUCUCCAGCUUCCCAUACACAGAGUUUGCCAAGGGGAAUGGAUGUAUGACCAAAGACGUGAUUAAGGCGAUCAGAGCCACAGUUUUCGAGCCUCUUUGCAAGCCCUCAAUCAAGGAAGCCACGAGACUUGAACCUGCGGACGCCGCUUCUACACGUACAACUUCGCCUCCGGUGACUCCUCAACCUAGACGUCCGACAGUACGCCACGUACCCGGGCCAGCGACGACUCCUGAAGCGCCUUCACAUUGGAACGGGGCUUCACAAUCUGGAUGUCCGAAAGUUCUCCAUAUAGCCGCGCAAGCAACAGUAUCUGAGGCGCCUUCGCAUUGGAUAAGGAAAGAUCAGACAGGAAAAAGUGAAGUUAAAGAGGAUUCAGAGACCACGGAGAGCAGUAAUGACAAUGCGAGGCCGACAUCAGCCGUCUUUCAACCUUUGAGUCUGUUAGAGAGCCGCCGCGGUACUAAGAAGCGCAAGACGAUGGUUCCUGCUGAGCGACUGCUCGUGCAGCAGAAUAUCUUCAGCAAGUAUGUCCCUGUCAAGCCUCAAACACGUGAGAAUAGUUCUCCUGAUACUACUGGCAACGGAAAGUUGUAA